UUUGUAACUAUAUGUCCAGUGUUGCUUGCCACAGUCUUAGUUAAUGUUUAGGAGGCGUCUCUCUUCCGCUUAAUCGGAGUAUAAAUUGGUGGGGAAAAAAAAGAAAGAUAGUUUAGCAUCACACACUUGACAACACUUUCUGUAGCAGAGAACGAAAAGGGGGUACACAAUGAAAACCUUUGUUCAUAUGUGUUUAAUCGUGAUCCUGCUCUGCAGUGGAAUCAGAACUGAUGACAGCCUUCCCCAUGAAGACAGGGAUACUCCACAGAAUUGUCACAUAUAUUCAUUGGCUAUAGCAAAUGCCGACUUUGGCUUGGGCUUAUAUCAUGCAUUAAGCUCCCUGGAAGACAUGAAUGGCAAGAACAUUUUCUUUUCACCACUCAGCGUCUCCAGGGCCCUAUCUAUGGUGGCCUUGGGUGCUGCUGCAGAAACUCACGAUCAGCUUUUUAAAGCAUUAGGCUUUAACAAGACAGUAGUUAAUGAAACAGUGGUCAACUCUGCCUUUAUGAAAUUGUUUGACAAAUUCCAGAGGGAUGAGAAGGAACUCCAGCUGGAUACUGGCAGUGCCAUCUUCCUAAAAGAAGGAUUCAAACCAAAUGACCAGUUUCUAGAGGAUAUCAAACACUAUUUUGAAUCAGAGGGUUUUUUGAUUGACUUUUCAGAAACAGAGAAAGCAAAAAACGUAAUCAAUGAUUACAUAUCACAGAAGACACAUGGCAAUAUUGAAAACCUGGUUAAUAAAUUAGAUCCUAGCAGCUUAAUGAUUCUGGUGAAUUACAUUUAUUUCAAGGGCAAGUGGGAGAAGCCUUUCAAUCCAAAGCUUACUCAUAAGGAAAGCUUCAAUGUGGACAAUAAUACUGUGAUACAAGUUAAGAUGAUGACCCGAAAUGGCAAAUAUGAUGUGUAUGAAGAUGAAAACCUUACUGCAGUACUCCUUCCAUACAAAGGCAAUUCUACAAUGAUGCUUGUUUUACCAAAACCAGAAAAAUUUAAACAAGUGGAGCAGCUCUUGAAUAGAGAUGAAAUAGGAAAAUGGAUCCAAACAAUGGAGAGAACCAAUAUCCAUCUGCAUGUUCCCAAAUUUUCUGUGUCAACCUCCUACUCACUCAAAGACUCAUUGAAGAACAUGGGCGUCACUGAUUUGUUUGAAGGUGACGCUAACCUUUCCCGAAUUACUGAUAAGAUUAAGUUGAAGGUGUCGCAGUUUAGUCAUAAAGCCGUACUUACUGUUGAUGAAGUUGGGACAGAGGCAUCUGCAGGAAGUUUUUCUGAAAUCAUGCCACUGCGAAAACCACCCGUCAUAAAACUGAACAGGCCUUUUAUCCUGAUGAUUAUUCAAAAAACAACUGACCAGUUGCUGUUCAUGGGAAAAAUUGCAAACCCUAAAGAAAUGUGAAUCUUCAUAUGUGACAAAUAAAACACAACAAUCUGAUCAAGGUCAUAUGCUGACUUUAUAUUUAAGCUUUAUUUUUUAAAAGUAAACUUUCUUGUGCAUUAUUUAAAAAAUACCAGAAAAUGGUAACCACAAAAUAUUAAAAAGUGGGUGAAAUUGAGUAAAAAAACUACAUCAAAAUUGGUAACUCUUGGCAGGCCCUUUAAUGAUUCUGCCUUUGAAUUGUUUCAAAAUGUCUAAUCUCACUUUGGUAUUCUGUCCCGUUUUUUUUGUUUUGCCUGUGAAGUUCCACUAACGUCAUCCUUACCCUUUCAUCCACUGUUCACUCUCAUAAGUUCCUUCUCUCCUGAUAGACAGUACGUCUCUGGCCUACACCAGCUAUGUAAACCUCUUUCUUUAAUUAAUCAAAGGUCCCAUGGCCUGUCUCUUACUGCAAGGACUCCACCAUUUUCAAAAAUAUUAGAAAUUCUACCACAAACUCUUAUAAUGAAUUGAUUCAGUUUUUAAAUGUUCACAGACUUGACCUAAGCAUUUAUAAACUACACCAUUUCUGUUAUCUCCACUUCCAUGGUGUUCUGACAUAUUCAUGCAUACAGUAUGUUCUGCUCUUCCAUCUAACACUGUCGCUCUUCAUUAUUAUCUGUUACAGUUCCCACAUUGCCUCACACUCAAGCAUAUGUUCUUGUCUUUGAUGUUUGCUUCCAUCGUCAAUUCUUCUGGAAUACUCUGGUCUAUAUCCACCACCCUCCCCAGUUAUCACAAACUACUCCUCUGUCCCUGAUUGAGAUCUCCUAAGUGGCUCUCCUAAUUUUAUAAUUUGAUUCAUUUGGUUCUGUCUGCAUCAUAGAUCAGAAAAGCAUCACAGUACCAUUGAAGACUGGCACCCUUUAGCAGCACUGGUUACAUCAUUUCUUGCCAGAGACUUGCCCUGCUGCAAGUGCUAUCCUUGUUCUAUCUUUUCUUCCACUGCUUUCUUAGAGAGUAUGGUGAGCAGCCAUUAACAUUGCACUAAUGAUACUACAUGGGAUUUGACACUGGGGUGGGCGCUAUUCUGGGUGGUAUUCUUAAUGCAAUACUGCUGCCUUGGAAUUAAGUUUUUACUCUUGAUCGAACGAAUAAAGCUUUGGUUCCAAAAUCAAA